AGAGAGAGUUGUGUGAUUUUUUCAUGAACAUGACAAAUCAACCCAUCCCUUCAACCUCAAGUUGGUGGUCCUCUUUCAUUAAAGCUCUUUGAUUCCCACUGUCAUCCCUCACUGUUUCUUCUCUUCCCAUCUUACCCUACGCACCCUCUCUCUCUCUCUCUCUCUCUCUCUCUCAACCCAAACCCAAACCGAAACAACUUCCCUCAACUAACCCAUGUCUUCUGCUUCAAUAGAGUGGAGCAGAGCAGAAGAAAAAGCUUUUGAAAAUGCAAUUGCCAUUCACUGGACUGAUGACUCAAAAGAGCAGAAUUGGAGCAAAAUUGCUUCAAUGGUUCCCAAUAAAACCGUUGAAGAACUGAAGCAACAUUAUGAACUAUUACUCGAGGAUGUUAUUGCAAUCGAAGCAGGAAAGGUUCCGGUUCCCAAGUAUGUUGGAGAGGAAACGUCAUCUUCAUCAACGAAGGAUUUCCAUGGGAGUUGUGGUGGGGUUACUAGUACUGAGAAGAGAUCGAAUUGCGGUUUCGGAAGUGGGUAUUCGGGGUUGGGUCAGGACCCGAAUGGGCAUGGAGGGAAGGGGGGAGGAUCCAGGGCGGAGCAGGAGAGAAGAAAAGGGAUACCAUGGACAGAAGAAGAGCAUAGGCUGUUCUUGCUGGGUCUGGACAAGUUUGGAAAAGGAGACUGGAGGAGCAUUUCGAGAAACUUCGUAAUAUCAAGGACCCCAACACAAGUGGCAAGCCAUGCCCAGAAAUACUUCAUCCGACUCAACUCCAUGAACAGAGAUAGAAGGAGAUCCAGCAUCCACGACAUCACUAGUAUUAAUGGUGGUGAUCCUUCAACUCGACCCCCACCUAUCACCGGCCACCAAACUAAUGCAGCGGCAAACCCAACAAACGUGGCAGCAAUUGGACCGCCACCCAUCAAGCAUAGGAUUCCGCCCCCGAACAUGGCGGGUUUGGGAAUGUAUGGUGCACCAAUGGGGCAUCCUGUGGCGGCAGGUCCAAGUCACAUGGCAUCAGCUGUGGGUACACCGGUUAUGCUGACUCCUGGACACCACCACCCUUAUGUUGUCCCAUUAGCAUACCCUAUGGCACCUCCAACAAUGCACCAAUAACCUCUCCCCCUCUUUGAUGUGAUAAAAUUAUUCAAGCUAUGUUCACAUGGAAUUGGGUUGUGAGGUUUUUAACCGUACAAGAACGCAAUCGCACCAUUUAACACACCAUGACUGAUGUUUCCUUUGUGUUUUGGUGGUAAUGUAUGAAGGACCUUUCCAGGUGUCUUGAUACCCACUAUAUAUGAACUGAAAGGACCAGGCAAUUAGUAA